GCACACACACACACACACACAGACACACACAUCCUGUCUCCCAUAAGGCAUCUGUUUCAGUCUGUCUCUCUGUGAGAUGCAGCACCAACAGAGGAGAGAGACACACGGAGGGAGGGAGGGUUAAGAAAAGAGGGGUCGGAGACGCAGAGACACACAGAGACGCAGAGAGGAGGAGGACAGGGACGGACUGAAAUAAAUAUUUUUUUUUUUGAAAGAGAAGACAAGUCCAACCAAGAGAGGAGGACACGUGAAGAGGAUGCUGCUGCCUGACUUCUGAGGAGUUUGAGCUCGGACACGACAGAGAUGCAGCAUCCGAGUGUCUGAGCAUCGUCCAGUUUGUGUGUGUCUGUUUGUGUGUGUGUGUGUGAAGCCAUGGCGAGUGCUCAGCCGGGGGUCCACGCGUUGAAACUCCAGCCUCCCUUCGUCUCUCAAACACUGAGGAAUGGCAGCAACUUCAUUAAAUGGGACGAGGAUCUGUCCACCGUGACUCCAGUGACGCUCCACGUGGACCAGCACGGGUUCUACCUCUACUGGACCGACCAGAACAAGGAGACGGAGCUCUUGGACCUGACCAUCGUGAAAGAUGUCCGAACGGGGCGGAGCACCAAAACGCCGAAGGAGACCAAGCUGCGGGAGCUGCUGGACAUCGGGAACCUGGUCGGCCGCCUGGAGAACCGGAUGGUCACCGUGGUUACGGCCUCGGACCUGGUGAACGUCAACCAGCUCAACUUCAUCGCCUCGCAGGAGGACGAAGCCAAGGUGUGGUGUGAGGAACUCUUCUCUCUGUCUUCCAACCUGCUGAGCCUCAAUCUCAACAGAGACCAAAGUCUGUUGAAAGCGUACGUCCGGUUGACUCUGCAGCCCAACGCAGAGGGGAGAAUCCCCGUGAAGAACAGCAGGCGGCGGUCUGCGGCACCGUGUGUGUGUGUCCCCUGUGUCCGACAGGGCGACGGGAUCAAACUGGAGGACUUAACGCUGGAGGUUUACAGGAGCUUUUUGGACAGUCUGUGUCCUCGUCCGGAGCUCAGCAACAUCUUUAAACUGCAAGGAUGGGGCGACGGCACGCUGUCGCUCGACCAGAUGACGGAGUUCGUCAACAACAAGCAGAGGGACCCGAGGCUCAACGAGAUCCUCUACCCGCCUCUGCGCCCGGCUCAGACGCUCGCUCUGAUGGAGCGGUACCAGCAGGACCCGGCCCAGCUGGAGCAAGGCGUCAUCACGCUGCAGGCGCUGUCCAGCUAUCUGUCCAGUGACGAGAACGGAGUCAUCCCUCCAGAAAAGCUGGAUCAGUCCGAGGACAUGAGCUACCCGCUAUCCCACUACAUCAUCAACUCCUCGCACAACACCUACCUGACAGCGGGCCAGCUGGCCGGGAGCUCCUCGGUGGAGAUGUACCGGCAGGUUCUCCUGGCCGGGUGCCGCUGCGUGGAGUUGGAUGUGUGGAAGGGACGGACCGCCGAGGAGGAGCCCGUCAUCACGCACGGGUUCACCAUGACGUCGGAAAUCCCAUUCAAGGAAGUGAUUGAAGCCAUCGCAGAGUGCGCCUUCAAGACGUCUCCGUUCCCCGUCAUACUCUCCUUUGAGAACCACGUGGACUCCUUGAAGCAGCAGGCGAAAAUGGCUGAAUAUUGUCAAUCUAUUUUCGGAGACGCUCUGUUGAUUGACCCUCUGGACAAAUACCCCCUGGAGUCCGGCGUCCCCCUGCCGAGUCCUCAGGAGCUGAUGGGCAAAAUUCUCAUCAAGAACAAGAAAUCCCACAAACCCCCGAACAACACGGACGCCAAGCGCCCGGCGGACCAGCCGGCCAAUCAGAGCAGCGAACCGGCGUUUCCUAGUAACAACGCCGGAGAGAUCGAGGCUGAGAGCGAGGAAGAGGAUGAUGACGAAGAUGAUGAUGGUAAAAAGGGCUCCGCCGAGCGGGAGGCGGUGGCCACGGAGGAAAUGUCAACUCUGGUAAACUACGUCCAGCCGACCAAGUUCAACUCCUUCGAAGCGUCCAAGAAGGCAGGCCGCUGUUACCACAUGUCAUCUUUCGUGGAGACCAAAGCUUUGGAGCACCUCACAAAGUCCCCGGUGGAGUUCGUAGAAUAUAACAAAUCUCAGUUGAGUCGUAUUUAUCCAAAAGGGACCAGAGUCGACUCGUCCAACUUCAUGCCGCAGCUCUUCUGGAACGCCGGCUGUCAACUCGUGGCUCUCAACUACCAAACGAUAGAUCUGUCCAUGCAGCUGAACCUCUUCAUGUUCGAGUACAACGGGCGGUGCGGCUACAGACUGAAGCCGGAGUUCAUGCGGCGACCCGACAAACACUUUGACCCCUUCACAGAAAACACGGUGGACGGCAUCGUGGCCAACACCCUCUCUGUGAAGGUCAUUUCGGGCCAGUUUGUGACGGAGCGGCGGGUGGGGGUGUACGUGGAGGUGGACAUGUUUGGACUCCCCGCGGACACCAGGAGGAAAGCGCUGAAGACCAAAACGUCCCAGAACAACAACGCCGUCAACCCGGUGUGGGACGAGGAGCCCAUCGUCUUCAAGAAGGUGAUUCUCCCCACUCUGGCCUCCCUGAGAAUCGCCGCCUUUGAGGAAGGAGGGAAGUUCAUUGGUCACCGGAUUAUUCCAGUUUCCGCCAUAAGGCCCGGUUAUCGGUACAUCAGCUUGAGGAACGAGAAGAACCAGCCUCUGAUUCUACCGGCCGUGUUCGUCCACAUCGAGGUCAAGGACUACGUGCCGGACACCUUUGCAGAUGUGAUCGAGGCUUUGUCCAACCCCAUCCGAUACGUCAACCUCCUGGAGCAGAGGUCCAAACAGCUGGCGGCCCUGACCCUGGAGGACGUGGAGGAGGACCAGCAGACGGAGGACGAGGCGGACAGCUGUGCAGAGCGAAAGAGCGACGUCAGACCGGCGUUGCUGGAGAACGGGCUCAGCCCCGCCCCCGGCCCCGCGGGCCACGCCCCCAUGGCCACCACGCCCAAGGCUGCCGCGGCCAAUCAGCAAGCAGCCGCGACGGAAGCAUCCAAACCAGCUGCAAAGACUGAAGACCUGGUUUUAAGUGUUUUAAUAGACGUGCCGGCGUGCACCAUCGAGGGUCUGCAGCUGUCAAAGGUUUACCAGAAGGAGCAGAGACGACAGUUCAAGGAGCUGAAGGAGCUGGUGAGGAGGCACCAGAAGAAGCUCUCCGAGCUCCUCCGGGAGUUCAGCAACAAGCACAAGAAGGUGGCCCGACAGUGCAGCAAGAGCAGGGCCUCGUGCUCGCAGAGCGACAAAGACGAGCGCCUCCAGCAGCUGAGAGACGAGCAGCAGCAGCAGCUGCUGGCUCUGAGGCAGGAGCAGUACUACAGCCAGAAGUAUCUACAGAGGGAGCACAUCAAGAUGCUGACGGAGCGGCUGAGCAGCCUGGCGGAGGAGAGCCACAGCGGCCAGAUGAAGAAACUCAAAGACGUCUGCGAUAAGGAGAAAAAAGAGCUGAAGAGGCAGAUGGAUCGAAGGAGAACAGAGAAGAUCAACCAGGCGAAGACCAAAGAGAAACAUCUGGCUGAAGAGGAGAAGAUGGAGAUCAAUAAGUCCUACGUCAACGAAGUCGUCCAGAACAUCAAACGGCUCGAGGAGACUCAGACGAAGCGCCACGACCAGCUGGUGGAGCAGCACACCGAGCUGCUGCAGGAGAUCCAGGACCAGAAACCCAAGCUGCAAGGAGCCGUGGAGGCGGAGUUCCAGGAGAAGUUCCAGUGUUUGCCCGGAGAGAUCGAAGACUUCCUCCAGGACAGAAAGACGGAGGUCAGAGGUCACAGCAGGUCACGGCCGUCGACCCCACACGAACCUCUAUCGGAGGAGGACUGAGAAGAAGAGGAAGAAGAGAGAAUCGUUAAAAGUGCAAAGGAUCAAAACACACGGGCGUAAGAGGGGAAACGUUGAUGGAGGAUGAGAUCUCAAGAGCAUGAGACUGUUACUUUUAUUUCUAUUUGAAAAAAUGCUUAAUGGAUUAGUUCAUUCCUGUCCAGCAUGAACUUUGCUGUACUUAAUCAGAACGCUUUUACUCUUA